AUGACGACUGGGUUCAGAGCGAAUGAGGAACUGGUCGUGCACUCGACCGCACUCCCUUUCGUCCUCGUGCUGGCUGCUGCCUCGUUCUUUCGACAUCCGCUGCAGGUCGUCGUUCAUCCGACCGUUACGACACGUGAUGUUCUAACGAAGUUUCGGGAUCCCCCUCUCACUCGCGGGAAGCUUUUCUCAUACCCCGUCCUCGUGCGCUUUGGAGUGGAUCUCUGUGCUUCGUUGCUGGAUCCGAGGUCUCUCACGCACUCAUUCAUUUCACUCACUCACACACUCGUGCACGUGCUCGCUGCAAUCACUUCAACGUGGCCGUUAGACGGCGUCGCACUGGAUAUGUUUCGGUGUUUUUCGGCGGAAAGAAAUCUCGAACACAAUCUACUGAACUGUCGUCGUCGUCAUUGUCGUCGUCGUGGCUUUGCAGUGCUGGUCGUGCAAAACAAAAGCGACACACGACUCGGAUGCGAACGGUGA